AGCCCGCAUUCCAUCAUGGCGGAGCCGUCUGACGGGGGGAGCUGCGACGCUUCGCGGCGCCGAACCUGAGGCAGUGGCUGGGUCCCCCUCCCCGCCUCCGACCCCUCCUGGCGCGCCUUUCAGCAAUUCCCCUUUGACUGGAGUGAGUGCGGAGCUACUAGAUACCCAACGCCUCCCCCAGUUUUUCUUUUUUGUGCUGAAAAGGUUGAUGAAAGAGAACUUGUUAACGAAUGGUCAUUUCAGCUAUGAUGGCAGACCAGCCACCUCCAUUAGAAGCCACCCCUAUUUUGAAUGAAGUGCCACUUCUACCUCAUAUGGUCAAUGGGGACACCACGCAACAGGUUAUACUUGUACAGGUAAACCCGGGAGAGACUUUCACAAUUAGAACUGAAGAUGGACACAUUCAGUGUAUACCAGGUCCAGCGCAUGUUCCUAUGAUGUCACCCAACGGUUCUGUGCCUCCAAUAUUUGUGCCUCCUGGCUACGUAUCUCAGGUGGUGGAAGAAAAUGGAGUUCGGAAAGUUGUGGUCAUGCCACAUUCUACUGAAUUCCACCCCUCCAUGCACCCGCCUCCUCCCCACGUCCCUCAUUACAUGCAUCCGCACCCUGCUUUGCUGCCCCACCCGCCUCACCCAGUGUACCCUCCCGUUCCAGGGACGGGAGAAAUGCCUCCACAGUUCAUUCACCAGCAUCCUCCACCCCCCUCUCCACAUGUCUAUCAAGAGCAAGAGUCCCGUUCCCACGGAAGAACAAAUUUUGCUCCGCGUGAUGAAAGGACUCUCAAAAUGCAAGAGCAUUUGAAGAAGAGGCUAAAAGACCGACAAGCUAGUGGACAUACGAAUAACAAAGUGAACAGCCCCCCUUCGUCACCUCAUAAAGUUCAGAAUUCUUCUAACACCAACGUUCAGAACGGAUACGGGAAGGGACAGCAAGCAGCAGGAGGGCAAAUGAAGCAGAAGCAAGUGGGAAAGGCCAGGGGGAGCCCCCCAGCUGAGGCAGAAAUGGGAGAAUCUGACACAGAAUCCAGAAAGACACAAGAGCUCUUUAGCAUCAGUAAACCUAUAGUUUCUGAAAUACAAGCCAGGUCAGCUGUCUUGUCCUGGACUCCUCCAGUGGCUUCACAAGACGGAGAGGCGCAGAAUGUCAGAACGGACACAUUCAUGUUUGAUGUGGCAAUUUCAAACAGUGGUAAAACCGGAAAAUUUAAAUCCAUUUAUGCUGGUGAAGAGAUGACUAUAACUGUUCCUGAUCUGAGACCAGCAACAGACUACCACGUUAGAGUUUCAGCCUCAAGCAGUUCCACGAAGGAAAUUGUUUCAGAACUGGCAAGUUUCACUACAGAGAGCUGUGAACCAGAUCCUCCAGCUGCACCGAAAAUAGUCAACAGAACCAAAAACAGCCUGAAUUUACAGUGGAAGUCUCCAAAUGAUAAUGGCUCCAAGAUAACAAACUACCUUUUAGAAUGGGAUGAGGGAAAGAACGGAGCAUUCAAGGAAUGCUACUAUGGUCAUCUAAAGCAGCACAAACUGACCAAGCUGACCCCUUCUACAAAGUACACGUUCAGGCUGGCAGCUAAAAAUGACAUCGGAAUGAGUGGGUUCAGCGAGACGUUGGUAUGUUACACCAUAGGAAUCGUUCCCCCACCACCCCAGCCCCCUCGGGUUACUGAAGGAGGAGUGACUUGGUUGUCAUUAGAAUGGAGUCCUCCAAAUGGAAUAUCCUCUGAUGACUCCCUCACCUACAUUUUAGAAAUGGAGGAGGAAGGUUCUGAUUAUGGUUUUCAAGCAGGGUACAAUGGCGAUGAACUUUCUUGCACUUUAAAAGACCUUAGGAGAAAUACUUCCUAUAAAUUCAGGCUUUUUGCCCACAACACUGAAGGAAAAAGCAGUCCCAGCGAGGUCGUAGAAUACAGCACAUGUCCCGACAAACCUGGGCCUCCCAGUAAGCCAGCUGUAAAGGGAAAGAUCCAUCCUCACAAUGUGAAAGUCACCUGGGAUCCACCAAAGGAUACCGGAGGGUCAGAUAUUUCCAAAUAUAUUCUAGAAAUUUCAGAAUCCUCACCUGGAAGCAAAUGGGAAACCGCAUAUACUGGUUCCGCACGAGAACAUGUUUGUGCUCAUCUCAAACCGGGUACUUCUUAUCGGUUAAGGGUUUGCUGCGUUGGUAGAGGAGGCCAAAGUCAGCCAUCUGAUGUCCUAACUGUUCAAACAUCAGCUGUUCCUCCUGGACUGUGCCACCCUCCAUGUCUGGCUGGCAAAGCCAAGCCUAGGGAGAUUGCUCUUCAGUGGGAUCCCCCUUCCACAGACGGGGGCUCAGAAGUAACAGAAUAUGUUGUGGAAACAGCAAACUGUGACCAAGAUGAGCGCAGGCAAAGCUACCGUGGCCAGGCCCUCGAGUGCACCGUGACCGGCCUUCUUCCCGGGAGGACGUACUGCUUCUGGAUACGAGCCGCCAACAGAGCUGGGCUGGGCCCUUACUCAGAAAAAGCGGAGAUUACCACUGCUCCCGGUCCCCCGGAUGUGUGCUGUCCUCCCCAGCUCAUUUGCAAGACGGCAACUUGCAUAGUAGCCUCUUGGGAGAGUCCAGCAUGUAAUGGUGCAGAAGUUAAUGAAUAUAGACUGGAAUGGGGCCAGAUCGAAGGAUCCAUGCACAUCGUGUACUCUGGCCCCCUUCUGAGCUACGAAGUGAAAGGACUGACACCUGCGACCACGUACUAUUGCAGAGUACAGGCUGUGAAUAUCGCUGGAGCUGGAUUGUUCGGGGAGAUCGCCAUGGUCACCACCCCACCAUCAGUGCCGGCAGCUGUGGCAGUAUUGCACUUGCUCGAAGAAGACCAGAUGGAAGCCCCCCUUCCUCUGUCCACGUGCCUUGUUCUUCACUGGGAAGAGCCCUGUUGCCAUGGCGCAGAGAUCACUGGCUACAACAUCGAGUACGGGGAGAAGCAGCUCUUAACAGUCAGCAGAGUUACAAGCCAUGUCCUGGAGAACUUGCAACCAGACACUUUAUACAGGAUCAGAGUUCAGGCCUUCAACAGCCUCGGAGCUGGUCCCUUCAGCCCUUCCAUCAAAGCGAAAACAAAGCCUUUACCUCCUGACCCCCCACACCUGGAAUGUGUUGUCUUCAGUUACCAGAGCCUUAAACUGAAAUGGGGGGAAGGUUCCAGCAGAGCUUUAAUCGCCAAUCCCACCCAGUUCAACCUGCAGAUAGAGGACAAGUUUGGCAGAUUCACCACUGUCUACAGCGGACCUUGUCACACGUACAAAGUACAGCGACUCAGCGAAUCCAGCACAUAUUAUUUCAGAAUCCAGGCAUGCAACGAUGCCGGCGAAGGAGAGUUUUCUGAAGUUUACGCAUUCACCACAACCAAAUCUCCACCACCUGCUCUGAAAGCACCCAAAGUACAUCAGCUGGGAGAUAACAUCUGUGACGUCACAUGGGAACCUUUACAACCAAUGAAAGGCGAUUCCAUUGUUUACAUUUUACAACUUGCCUGUGGGAGGGAAGUUGAUCAGGUAUACAAGGGACCAGAAACUUCAUUCCGCUUCACCAACAUGCAGACAAACUGUGAAUAUCGAUUCAGGGUGUGUGCCGGGCGCCAGUACCAUGACUCGACUGGGUCACAAGAACUCUGUGGACCGUACAGCCCUAGCACGGUGUUCUUAUUUCAGAAACAGGAGUCAAUCUCCCCGUACUCAGACCCCAGCCCAGAGCUCGCCAAGAGCGGGAGAAAGGCGCUCAGCGAUGAACAGUUUGCAUUUCUGCUUCUCAUCGGGUUCGCGACGGUCGCCAUCCUGUUCGCUGUUAUCAUUCAGUACUUUGUGAUCAAGUAGGGCGACUUGGGAAUUGGCGUCAUUGCUCAGCUCAUUAUUUUCAUAUGGAAGUUUAUGCCUUCGGUAUGUAUGUAAAUUCCAAUUUAAAACGCUAGCUGGGAAUGAUCCUAUACGAGACACAUUUCCAUUUUUGCUGCUGAGUAAUACAGCGAGGCUGGGUAGGUAGACCUCCCCGUUUCCUCCCCUGCACCCCCCCUCCCCCCAAACCAAGUGAAGAAAAUCCUUAUUGUAGCACAAUUGUGCAUCUUGUAGUCAGGGUUAGCUGUUCAAAACAGCAACAACAACAGAAGCUGCCUUAACGCGCACUUGUGAUUCUCAAAAAGCUGGACUUCAUUCUUGCGGUCAGAUCUUUUAUUUUCCUGUACAGCAAAGCAAGAAAGGGGGAGGGGCGCCGAGGGAGACCAGCCGCAUCAACCCAGGUCUUGGCAUCCGAGAGAGAAACGGCAGCAGGCAACUUCAGCUUAGACCUGUAGCGUGUUACAGAACAUUGCUAGAGUAUACCACAUUUAAUAUACUGUAGACAGGGCAGGGAGGUAGGGGAAGCAACCAAAAUAUUAUCAACUUCAAGUUCAGCGAUCGUUCUUCUUCUUUAUUUUUCUAUUUUAAUUCGUUGGGAAUUCCAAUCAUUUGCCAUCACUUCAAGAGCCAGGGGUUUCCAGAAGGCGUCCGCAUUUUUAGAACCGGUAUCCAAAAAGCGCUGGAGGCGCCCAGCUGGUCCGCAGACCCCGGGACUGUGUCGGUCUCUCCCUGGGCGAAUCCCUCCCCCCCUUCCGUACCGGACAUUUCCAAACGAAAUGCUUUCUUGUUGUUGGCAAGCAGCUACCAGCCCAACCCCGAGUCCACUCUCAGUGCCUGAGAGGACAGUCACGCCCUGUGCUUCAGAACGGAACCGCCGCAGCGUUUUUGCAGAGGAAAAGCACAGCAUUUUUUUUGUCUUUUAAUGAGAACAAAAAAAAAGGUGCAUUUAUGAUAAAUGUUUCACUAUUUGGCUCAAACUGAGCAAAAUGUUUUUGUACUAUUCUUAACAUAAAAUUUAAGGGGAAAAAAUCAGUCUUUUUUGUUUGUUCGUUUGUUUGUUUUGGAUGCCCUUGUUACGUAAUCCGAAACAAUUGAGUUGCAUGUGAAAAUGCAUUUUUAAAAAUAACAAUUCUAAAUGUUUUAAAGAAAAUUGUUCCCUCUGGUAGCGGUUUCAUACCCCACUGUUUUUUUGGUUGUUUUGUGGAUCGAGGCAUUUCCGGUUUGAGACGGAACUCUUCCACGACAGGUCUGGCUUUGAGAGAAACACCUUUUUUAAAAAUCAAAAUUAUAUAUAUAUAUAUACACCAUGCACUACAUAGUACUGAACUUUCCCAAGCCUCUCUGCACAGCAGAUAUCUGUGAAGUAAACAGCUGUGUUGCCUUUCCAUUGGUUCUCUUUGGAAAGUAGGGAACUACCUGUUUGGUUUUAAAAUACAACUUCGAAAAGGAAAAAAAAAACACAUGAACUCUAGCUCAAAGGCCAUUAAUAUUUUCUUAGGUUUUGCAAACUGAUAGGGACCGAACAGCUAUCCUUUCUCAAAUAUCAGACCCCCCCUUGCACAAGUAUGUGGGAUGGUGGACGUAACGUGUACCCCAUUGUAGCUUGCAACUUCUCUGUUCCAGAUAACAGGACAUAAUUCAAGUGUUUCUCCACUGGCUGUUAGUCCAUAAUGGUAGCUUAAGGUCUGUGGCAUUGUGAUAGCAUUUCACAUGUGGGGUGGGGGGGAAGAAAACGAUGACAUCGUAUCACUUAAUAUCUUCAAAAAGUAGAUUUAUGGUGCAAUCUGAAAUUAACCUUUUUUUUCAAGAUGUACUCCUUUUCGUGCUCUAUUUAUUUUGAUUUUAAAAAAUCUGGAAAAAAAUGUAUGUUUGAAUGUAUUGUUCUAUGUGUAGCAGAACUUUUAAGUUAAUCAUUUAUUGUAAUGGAAGCCUCUCUUCAGUGUUGGAAAAAGUUUUAUACGAAUAUUAGUGUCUUUAGUUUGCAGAGACGUUUACAACCUGUUUCCUGUCAUAUUUCACUUUUUAAAAAAUAAAAUAAUAGAUUCUUUCCAGCAGAUUUCUGUUGCCAAAGGAUAUUUCUUUUCCUUUUCUUUUCCUUCUUUUUAAAUUUUGAUUAAACUAUCAGACAAAAGGAUUGGGGAGGGGGAAUCAUAUGUAAUUGGCAAUAGUAUGUCAGAUGCAUUUUUUAAAAAAAGAAAAUAGGUUUUCUGAACAAAUACUAACCAAAAUUAUGACUUCCUAGAAAGUUAAAAGUUAAAUUUGUACUUGUAAUUGCCACAAAAAUGUUUAUAUUUCCAGACGGCUUACUGGAAAGCAUAAUGUAAUGUAGAAUUUUAUGUUUACAAUUAUACAUUCCAGAUUGAUGUACUUUAGUGGCAUUAAUGUAUUAGAUCUCCUUUUCUCUGUAUUGUAAUUUUUGCUGUAUUUCAUACUUAUGUUAAACCUGGCAGGCAUCGUAUUACUAAAUUGUAACUAUCAAAUAGAUAAUAUAUUUAAUAUGGCCAAUAAAAAUACAAAAUUGUUCACA